AUGGCCGCCGUUCAAUCGAUGAUAGCGGAAUCGCUUCCCGCCCCGACGCCGUCCAUUGCCUUGAAUGGCUCUACCGAUCCUUCCGCUAUGCAAAUCGACCCCGCGAGUUCGAGCCCAGCAAUGAUCAACGAGAGUACUUUUGGAAGCACGUUAGCAAGGGGAGACACUAGAAUUGUUGCUAUCGUCUUUGGACCAGGGCAGGAGCAGAUCGUCUCCGUCUUCGCAGAGGUGCUGGGUACACCAUGUAGGAUACGGAAUGGCUUCGACAAGGUAUCAGUCGAGGAUUCUGGGUUCGUUGUGGGAGUAGCAGCAGGCGAGGCGAAGGGCGAUGUUGCUGCGCGAAAUCAGAAUCUCGUUGUUGCCAUAAAUACUCACUGCGUGAAUCUAGGGAUGCCCCCCGACAUCCAUCUCUCUGCUCAGUGCGACUACGAAUUCUUGUAUACCGAUUCGCCAUACUUGCGUCGUGACCUGGCCAGGUUUAUCUCGUUUACCCUGGGCCAGAUCAACCAUCACGAUGCUCUCAUGGCAAAGCCAAGAACAUACUUCAUUUCCACCACCUUCCCCGACGUUCACGCCGCUCUGCCUAACAUCGAUAUUCUGACCGUCGGCGCCGAUGCGGUUGAGAUCCGAGUCGAUUUGCUACGGGAACCCCUUGGCGACGGGAGCUAUUCACAAGUCCCUAGCCUCAGCUAUGUCGGCGAACAGGUCAUGCUUCUUCGUCAACGAACGGAACUCCCCAUCAUCUUCACAACACGAUGUGUAAGAGAGAAUGGAAGGUUCCCCAUGGACAGACCUGAACUAUACUACGAGUACCUCUACCGUGCGAUCCAGUGGGGUGUGGAAUACGUUGACGUAGAACUUUGGCUUCCUGAAGACAUCCGAAAGAAGUUAUACGAGCAGCGAGGCAACUCACGCAUCAUGUCAGCAUUCCAUGACUUCUCAGGAACCUUCCGAUGGCCCUCGGCAUAUGCUCAGGAGGUGUUUCAACGGUCCAUUCCAUACGCCGAUAUUAUCAAGAUGAUCGCCAUAAUCAAUGAGCACAACGAGAACUUCGAGCUCGAGUAUUUCCGUUCCAAGAUGCGUGCCGAGUACCCUAAUGCGCCACCCUUUUCUGCCGUCAACAUGGGCGAGGUUGGUCAGUUCUCAAGAACUCUGAACCCCGUCUUCACGCCCAUCACCCACCCACUUCUCCCUCUCAUCGCUGCUCCUGGCCAGUUGAGCGCGGCUGAGAUUAAUGGCGCCCUGUCUCUUCUAGGCCAACUACCAAGAAAGCGCAUCUACGGAAUCAACAGCACAUCGUGUCGGAAUACCACGCCACAGGCCCCCUUCUAUGAGAAAUGUAUCAACGAACUAGGUCUUCCCCAUCAGUUCGCUACUGUCGAGAGACACCCAAAUAACCCGAGAAGUAUCGAAGCAUGGUGCAACCAGAAGCAUUUUGGAGGCGCCUAUCUUAACCCAGGCCUGCCACAUCAUGCAUUGACCAAGACCAGCCCCUUCUUCGCCGGAUUAAAUGGAGGGAACGGACCAAUCCUGACAGAGGCUGCCCGCGUUAUUGGAGUUGUAGAUACCAUCGUGGUUCAAUCUGGCACCUCAUCCAGGUCAUCCUCCCCCGGUUCCAUGCCGUCAAGUCCUCGCCACAGACAGACCGACUCCAUCGAAUCCAACAGUCAAGCUGGCCUGGGAUCCGCGACUUCUCUUGUCUUUGACAACGCUGGUUGGAAAGGAAUACUUAGUGCACUUACACGCGAUUUGGCACCCUCUGCCUAUUCUGGCCGCUCGGCUGUUGUGAUGGCCUCUUCCCCGGACGAUGCAGCCCCCGUCUUCUUUGCCAUGAGAGCCCUCCAAAUCUCCAAGAUCUAUACAGUCGGCUUCCGUACACCUAUCGGCCUCGCUCGAAACGCACCUCCGAUCGAACCGUUCAUUAGCCUCGAGAGCCUUCAGCGUGCCCGAUCGGUGGAGGACGACAGCGCGCCUUUUGUCAUAGUGUCAGCUCUUGGUCCCGAAAAGAGCCACCUAGUCGGCAUGUUGCUAAGGGCAUUUGGAGGUGUCGGACCUAGGGGGAUAACGAACACGAAGAAAGUAUUCCUCGAUCUAGCUGAUGGGGCUGUAAGGAAGAGUUCUGACCCAGGGGUGAUCGCUGAGAAGAACGGGUUUGCCGCCUACGGAGCUGACGAUGUUGCUGCGUUCACAACGGUGGAAAGCCUACGACUGCUGGUUGGGCAAAAUGUGCCCUACAGCUUUGUGCGACUCGCAAGUGGAAGCCAUCGCUACGGAGUGUGA